AUGGAAUGUGGCUACGCCAGGUACGUUGGCGGGCCUUGCGGCGGGAGUCAGCAGAGCCCACAUACAAGGCAAUGUCUCAGAAUUGCUGACUGUAGUAAGGAUAUACGGGAUUAUUUGAGGUUCUUGAAAGUUGGAGACCCAUCAAUCACUUCUGAGGCCAGUCUAUUACUCGCACGUGCAGGUAUGUUUCGAUUAUACCCUACCAUGUGUUGGCUAUCAACAGAAUUACAGAAUAUACUGGACUGUAUUUUCAUAUACAAUGCUUGUCAAUCCACGUUUACUGCGAUGAAAAAUAUGCUGCUGUCACGUGACCAAAUUUGCAUUUUUUCGGACAACUUUCGCACUCCGCUAUUCAAAGUGUAUACACGUGUGCGAUAUAAACAAGCGAAAAUAUCGCAAAAUAAGGACGAUUUGGAAGGGUUUUUUUUGUAUUUGUGGGUAUAUUUUAACUCGUGGUAAUAUUUUAACUAACUUUAAAACAGACCGAUUUAGGAAUAGUUUUAUAACUCACAAUGCACUGAAAAUGCGCACCUAGUUAUAGUAGUAGACAAUUAUAGUCAACUUAUACGCACAUUGCCAUUUGGCUCCAAACUUUUAAAAUUUUUAAUAGUUAUUCUAAUUUUAAACUAUAUGUAAUUCUUAGCGUAAUUCAGCUUUUGGCUGCAAUGCUUUGCAAAUAAACCAUCUAUCUAUCUAUCUCCUGUAAGUGUAAUAUGUAGCGAAGAGAAAAAUGGUGAGGAGAAUAAGCGUGUUUCGGACAUGACUGUUGCCAAACUAAAGGAGUAUAACGAGUAUUUGAAAAUGCGUGGCGUUACUGCAAACGGCUACUUAAAACCUGCUUUACUUCAAAUUGCUCAAGCAGUGGAGAGCAACCACAAUGCAUAUGUCACAUGUCCUUGUAUACAUGUAGGUCUCUUUGGUCCUGAUGAAAAUCACGGCAACAUUACUAUUUGUCCUCGGCAUCGCGAUAGCCAUGGAAUUCGCUGGCGGUGCAACCGCAGAAAUUGUGUCUGUCCCGCAAGCUGGGCAGUACACGGAAGUGCUAAAGCAGAACGGCCAAUAACGAAGGAACAAUCAGAGAAGCUACUGAACCUUACUCAUGUGCUUGUUCCAGUAGGAUCUGGUAAGCAAGGACAUGCAAUCGGAAUCGAAAAAAAUAUGUCAUGAGUUUUUUUCUAGUUAACAUUUUCUUCGUUUUGCAAAGGUAUUUGUACAAGAUGUCGCAAACGCCUGACAGCUGAGAGCAAAAGAGCAGAGCAGUCCGUGGGAGUCGAAACACCUGUCGCGUAUGAAGGUGACGUCCAAGAGAGUCAAGAUCGCCCGUUAACGUCAGAAUGCGAAGACAUCCACGAGCAACAGGUACUAUACGAAUAUGACCUACUAAACGCCACUAGAUGCACCGAACACUUUGUGGGACGACACUUCAUGGAAUAGGCAGAGUGGUAUUCACGCACUAGUGCCAUGCAUGAAUGACCGCUAAUCAAUAAUAUUAGCCUUUUUUCUUCAAUACAGGAAUGUCCGCAGGAUGUAUUAGAUUUGUGUGAUUCAUUUCUCAACUUAUCCAUUGAGGAAAGAGAUCUAGAUCACAGUGCCAGUAUGUUUGUUCCAGAAGAGCCGACAAGCAGCAGUACAACAUCAAGCGACGAAACGGUAGAAGAAACCCUGACAUCUAGAAGAACGCAGCUAAACUGUUUUCUAGAAAACUGUGGUGUGACAUCAAGGAUUGGUCCAUGCAAGAAAACGUGGGCGGAGACCAGCGCGCGAACGAGGAGGAACCAUGUCGAGAAGGCGCGGGAUGCAAUAGUGGCGAUGUUAGAUGUGGUGACACCAGGUGAUGGGGCACUUCUCUGGGAAGCGCUGCAGUCAUCGGCACUUGUGGAGGAGGCUCUGGGGAUACAAAAAACAUCUCCCGCAGAGGAAAAGUAUCUACUAGCACUCGCAGAAACAUACAGAAAUGCCUCUGGAUGGGACACGCGAAGACAAAUUCUUUCUGUGAUGGCCGACAUUGUACCCUUCGCAUGCCUACAGCAGUAUUUGCCCAAUGUCACUGAAUACCGCGUCAAGAUUGCACGAAGUCACAGGCUGACGUUCGGUAGAGGCGUUCCCCGACCACCUACCAAAAGAGCACGAAUGAAAGUGGAUAACAGCCAGCUAGACCACUUCCUCACAUUCAUCACCAGCGGACAUAUCGUACAAGACCUGCCCUUUGGACAGAAGUACCUGAAACUUUCCACUGGAGAGAUCCUUGAAACGCCAAACGUCAUCAGAAGUAUGAUCCCUGAGCGUAUUGUUCAGCAAUACCAGCAUUAUUGUGAGGAGACAGCGUUCACUCCAUUUGGCCGAACCACCAUAUUGAACAUCCUAUCCGAAUGUUCUGCAACUGUGCGCAAGUCUUUACAGGGACUUGACUACAUCGCUGCCAACGGAAGCAAAGCCUUUGAUGACCUGUGUGCUGCUGUGACGCGCCUUCACGAGUGUGGAUCAAUCUCCAGGGAGUCCAAAGACGAAUGGCAAAGUUUACUGAAAUCGGGUAAACACUAUUUGAAGUCCGACUACAAGGUAAAGUGCACUAGAACAGUGGUAAUCCAUCUUAAUUUGUAAUUGUCUUAUAAUUAAUAUAGCAAAACUAAUAACUAUAACCUCAAUUUGUAGGUUCAUGUGUCGAGAUCGAGCACUGUAGCUGAUCACUGCAGCACAUUUGCGCUGAGUGAAGCAAAAGACAAAUGUUUCAGUAGCACUUGCGACCAUACACACGAUGACGCGUGUCCACAGUGUGAAGCCCUCGACAAUGUGCUGGCCGAUAUUGGAGAUGUCUUCAAUAACGAUGCCAUUGCCAUUGCAGAGGAUGAACUAGUGGAUCUCCGGUACACCUGCCAGAAAGCGACACAAGAUGCCAAGUCAUGGAAAGGGCACCAACUUCGAAGCAUCACACAAGAUGAGUCUCGACUAGACGUUCUGAGGCGGCUUGAUCAAUCAUCUGUGCUUAUAACAAACGACUGGGCAAUGAAGUUUCUACCUCAGAAGUACAGGGAAUCACAGUCGGACUGGUUUGCAAAACGAGGGAUCUCCUGGCACGUCAGCGUAGUUGCGAGAAAGGUCGAGAAUGUUAUGGAGACACAAACCUUUGUGCACAUAGUGGAGAACUGCAGUCAAGAUGCUUCCGUUGUGGUCAGGAUCACUGAGCAUGUGUUGCGCGCACUCCACGAAGACAGCGCCAUGAUUACAAAUGCAUACCUGCGACAGGACAACGCGGGGUGCUACCAUAGCGGGUCCACACUGACAGCAUACCUUCACAUGGAGUGCAAAACUGGUAUCAACGUCUCACGAGUGGAUUUCAGCGAACCACAAGGUGGAAAAGGUCCAUGUGAUCGUAAAGCCGCCACCAUCAAAGCUCACGUUCGACGGUUUAUCAACGAAGGUAACGACGUGACCACAGCGCGGCAGUUUAGGGAUGCCAUAAUGUCAUCGGGAGGUGUACCGGGCGUCAGGGUUGCCAUGGUUGAUGCAGCAGGUCUUUGUGACCCACAUGUAGAAUGGGAUGGCAUCAGCCGCCAGAACAAUUUUGAGUACACCGACGGAAAAAUUACCGUGUGGGAAGCCUAUGGUGUAGGAAUCGGCAGGGUAAUGCAACAACGCGACACAUGGGGUUAGUAUGUGCUACAAAAUUAGAAGUUACUAGCGACCGGCUUCUCAAACAAACUAUUCCAAAAUGUCUCAGUUUUAUCCUUGCAACAUUUACCAAUGUUCAGUUAAUACACUGACAAAAAAUGUUUCAAGUACAUCAAUGAAACUUUUGGGAGGGCCGUUUUGUUUGAAUAAUAUCCCAGUAUUGCAUGUCUGUUAACUUUGUGUGUUUUGUUUGUUUUGCCAUUAUAGCUCAGCCACUCCAGGAUACAUUUGACGCUCCAUUUACACCUGGUGGUUUUGUGCGUAGUUCAGCCAAGAAGCAUCGCAAGGAGACCGUAUCCAGUGGCCCUUCACAACACGAAGAGCAUAUGGUGGAUGGCCUGUUCCAGUGCAGCAACGAAGGAUGCGUGAAGGUCUACCAGACUAACGCUGCCUUAGAGAAUCACUUGCAAUUUGGCACCUGUGACCUCAGAGAAGAGAAUUCCACUCUCAUGGACCGGGCAAAAAAGCUCUAUCACCACAAGCUCAUUGAAGGCACCAGCAGCACAACACCGGUGGAGGAGAACAAGGAACGACAACAAUCAAAGGAUCCUUUGACUAAAGGCUGGGCACUAAAGAGCGCGAGAACAUCGAAGCGUUUCAACGAAUUUCAACGAUCCUACUUGGACGGCAAAUUCGCAAUCGGUCAGGAGACCGGCCACAAACUAGAUGCCGCUGCUGUUGCCAAAGAAAUGCGCUAUGCUAAGAAGAAAGACGGAACAAGGAUGUUUGAAGCGGAAGAGUUUCUAACUGAAACCCAGAUCCGGGGCUAUUUCUCCAGACGAGCUGCCAAAUUGCGACAUGGUUACGAGCCAGAUAGUGAUGACGAGGCAGCAGCUGAGGAGGAGACGAACUACAGUACGACAAGGAAUCUCUUGGUCCAGGAUCUCGGCAUACAGCAUCCAGUGACCUAUCACCAGUACAACCUGUGCGAAAUGUCCUGCGACAACAAACUCAGCAAGCUAAGCAUCAAGCUUCUUCAGGACAUUUGUACAAGCAUGGACAUAGACACUGGCAACAUAACCACACGCCGUAAGGCGCCGUACAUAGCCUUGUUGUCAGAAGCAAUCCAACAGUGUAGUUGUCAAAAUUAG